AUGGCCUCCUACAGGGUAGCAGCCCCCAAUGAGUACCUUGCCAUUACUGGCAUGGGAGUCAAAACUGUCAAAAUCACCAAGGCGGCAUGGGUUUGGCCCUUCCAGCGCUGCAUGCGCUUCAGCGUGCAGCCACACGACUAUGCCAUGAACCUGCAGGCCAUGACCAAGGAGAAGCUGCAGUUCCUGCUUCCUGUUGUCUUCACCAUCGGCCCCGACGUCAACCAGCGGGGCGCCAACUCGAGGCGCCUUAACGACCACGAUCCACACUACGCGGGUGCCGGUAGCGAGGGCGCCCCUGCCGCCGACGACCAUGUCCUCGACCACCGCCGCGAGGAUCAAGGGGACUCGCUGAUGAAGUACGCUAUGCUGCUGGCCGAUUCCGGCUCGUCUAAGGGGAACGACCGCCAGUUCCUCGAGAACAUCGCCAAGGGCAUCAUCGAGGGUGAGACCCGUGUCCUGGUGUCCAGCAUGACCAUGGAGGAGAUCUUCACCGAGCGCGAGGUGUUCAAGCGCCGCAUUUUCCGCAACAUCCAGGGCGAACUGGACCAGUUCGGCCUCAAGAUUUACAAUGCCAACGUCAAGGAGCUCAAGGACGCACCCAGCUCCAACUACUUCGAGUCCCUCAGCCGCAAGGCACACGAAGGCGCCAGCAACCAAGCCAGGAUCGAUGUCGCCGAGGCGCAGCUGCGCGGUAACGUCGGUGAGGCCCAGCGCAAGGGCGAACAAGAGCGUGAGAUCGCCAAGAUCCACGCCGAGACGGCCGUCCGCAAGACCGAGCGGGACAUCGAGCGGGCCUCGGCCGAGGCCGUCCUCGCCACCCGCAAGACGGAGCUCAAUCGCGAUGUCGAAAUCUCCCGCAUCGCAGCCACGCGCCGGACCGAAGCCCAGGACGAAGACCUCAAGCGCGAGGUGCAGAUCAAGCGCGCCGCCGCCGAGAUGGAACGCCUGCGCGCCAGCGACGUCGUCAAGGCCACCAUCGCGCGCGAGGCCAAGCAACAGGCCGCCGACGCGCACGCGUACGAGGUCGAGGCCGAGGCCAAGGCCAACUUCGAGAAGGAGAAGCAGCACGCCGAGGCGGGCGUGUACAAGCUGAAGAUCGACACGGACGCGGCCGCCUACAAGACCAAGCAGGACGCCGAGGCCUGGAGCUACGCCGCCAUCAAGAACGCCGACGCCAACCUGCAGAAGAAGCUCAAGGAGGCCGAGGGUAUGGCCGCCAUGGCCGACGCCUACGCCAAGAUGAGCGCCGCCUUCGGCGGGCCCGCCGGCCUGCUGCAGUACAUGAUGAUCGAGAAGGGCACCUACGUCGAGCUGGCCAAGGCCAACGCCGAGGCCAUCCGCGGCCUGCAGCCCAAGAUCAGCGUGUGGAACACGGGCGCCGAGGCCGGGUCUGGUGGUGCUGGCGAGGGUGGCAGCAACCAGAGCAGCGCGGCCGCCAUGCGCAACAUCUACCAGAUGCUGCCCCCGCUCAUGACCACCAUCAACGAGCAGACCGGCAUCACCCUGCCCGAGUGGCAGUUUGGUCGCCUCGCCGGCCAGAUGUCCGAGGCUGAGCGUGCCCAGGCUGUCAAGUCCGCCGCCAAGAAGUGA